GCUGUGCCAUCAACAGCCAGGGCUCUGCUAGCUUUCGAGACCGACCUGCGGAUCAGCUCUAAUUCUGACCGAUCGGGUAGUUUGCUACCUGUCCGAGAACACAGCGUCAUGGGGCCCAGGAUCAGGCUCGGAUACGAGAGUAAACGAUGGACCAGGCGGUGAGGACGAGAUCGCCGCGGAGGAAGCAAGACAGGAUCAUCCUGCAUUUCGAUUACGACUGCUUCUACGCACAGGUUGUUGAGAACGCCCAGCCUGCGCUCAGGUCUCUGCCGCUUGGUAUCAAGCAGAAGAGCAUCCUGGCCACAUGUAACUACCUGGCCCGGAAGCGAGGUGUCAAGAAGCUGCAGCUCAUCUCUGAGGCCAAGAAGAUCUGCCCGGACCUGGUCCUCGCAGAUGGCGAGGACUUGUCUGCGUUCCGGGAUGUUUCCAAGAAGCUGUAUGGCCUGUUGAGGUCGUUCUCGUGGAACAAGAAGGCUGAGCGUCUGGGUCUCGACGAGGUGUUCUUAGACGUCACUGACAUGGUCGAGUUCAACGUUGGUCUUCUGAACCAGAAUGCAUUGUCAGACUCGUUCUUUUGUCUGUCCAGGGACAACCCUGAGAAAGGUUUCAGCUUCGAUGCUACAGCCAUUGCCGGCUGCGUUGCUGGCAAUGGACAUGGGGAAGACAACCAUGGUAACUUGCUCUUCGUCAAGCUCCUCCUUGCAUCGCACCUGGCAAGGUACAUCCGGCUGAAGAUAGAGGAAGAGGGCUACACAUCCGCGUGUGGUAUCUCAACCAACAAGGUCUUGAGUAAGCUGGCGGGCACCGUGAACAAGCCGAGAAAUCAGACAACCUUGCUUUCGCUUCGUGAAGAUGAAGCACUCGGAUUCAUGGACUCGUACGGCCUCCGUCAAGUCCCCGGAAUAGGAGGUAGAAUAACGCACACCCUGGAGAGCUACUUUCUGGGGAAGGACGCCGACACGGACACAUUUGUCAACGGGUCUGCCGUGACAGUAGGCGAGUUCAGGGCCAGGCCAGAAGUCUCGCCUCAUAUGCUGGAGAAGCUACUGGGCAGCCGUCCCGGGGCUGAGAAAGGCAUAGGCGAGAAGGUGUGGGCUCUGCUGCACGGGGUUGACGACACGGAGGUCAAGUCAGCGAGCUCCAUCCCGACGCAGAUCUCGAUUGAGGACACUUAUCCUGGGCCGAAGGGUGGGCUGAACACGUUGGCUCAAGUCGAACGCGAACUGAUGAAGCUCUCGGCGUCUCUGUUAAGGCGCAUGCAUGUUGAUCUGACUGAAGCCGAGGAACCAGACAAAGACUCUACGGGGUCGGCUCAGGGCCUCAGGCGCACAAGGUGGUUGGCCCACCCUAAAACGCUCCGGUUGUCGACCCGCCCCAAGUCAUCGCCCAACGAGGGCACACCUUACAAUUGGGGCAGGGCCAGUCGAAGCCAGCCACUGCCGACAUUCGUCUUCCACGACAUCGAUCGUGAGGUCAUUGUCGGGAGGCUCGUGAAAGAGGCGCUGCUCCCGAUGUUCUUCCAGCUGAACCCAGAAAAGCCCGAAGGGUGGAACAUCGGCAUGAUCAACAUAUGCGUAGCAAACAUGGUUCUGACGGCAACUGAUGACGCGUCUGGGAGCGGGAGGGAUAUCUCGCAGAUGUUCAAGAGGCAGGACGAGGUUCUGCGCGAGUUCAAGGUCUACGAUGACGGGAGCGAGCUGCCGCAAUCGGCCGCCCAGGCUCCAAAGAUGGGAGAGGACGGCGACGGAGCAGGCCUUGAUUCCAUGUGGACGGAUGGUAAUGACAUGGAUCUUGGGGAUGACUAUGUAUCAGAGUCCGAAUCUGAAGCCUGGGGUGACGAGGACGGUAGCCAGGCGUGUCCGAGAUGCGGCCACUACCUGCCCGAGUUUGCCUUAUCCGCACACCUGCGGUAUCACGUCCUCGAAGAGCCAUAAAUACCUAGAUAAAUGAAAUAUAUUCCGCGUAGAGUAUGAA